AGAGAACCACGUAAAAUAACAUUAAAGAAAGGAUCAACUGGUUUAGGUUUUAAUAUUGUUGGUGGAGAAGAUGGAGAAGGAAUAUUUGUAUCAUUUAUACUGGCAGGGGGACCAGCAGAUCUCAGUGGUGAAUUACGACGUGGUGAUCAAAUAAUAUCAGUAAAUGAAUCAGAUUUACGUGUUGCAACACAUGAAGAAGCAGCUGCAGCAUUAAAACGUGCUGGAGAUGUUGUUGAAGUAAUUGCUCAAUAUAAACCUGAA